GAACAGAGUAAGUGGGGAAGCUGGAAAAGGACCAGAAUGGACAAAGAGUUUGGUGGUGGUUGCUGUUGUUCUGUUAGAUGACAGGGUGGGGUGAGGGCAGAGGACAGACCCAGAGCAUGGGAGUAUGUGGAAACAGGACAAGGGUUUAGGGGCUCUUUGCGCUGUUAACUGAAGGCACAGUUUCAGAGCUAUUACCUGAACUAACAAACUUACUUCAAAGCUUACAAGCAUGUGUAAGUUUGGUUGGUAUUCCUGGGCACUGGGAAGUUAUGGGACGGUCAUGAGAUCCCUAGGAAAUGGCAGGGGGAGGGAUCUUCAGCGGCUCCUUAUCUCAGGCAAGAAUGUAGGCCUGGGCAGAAAAAGCCAGUUCCACUUAUCUCUGGCUCUUUGCUAUUUUUGAUGUGAGCUAUAGAACCAGAUCUAAGAAUGAAGUGUUUUCCUGUCCUGUUUCUUCAAAGCCCCGCCCACAAACACCUUUUUUGUCACCUCUGAAAUCACAGGAUUUCCCCCUAGUUUUCAUUUUUCUCUCCUCCCUACCCUCAUUCUGAUAAUGAGGGUCUCUAGGUUUAAACAGAGUUUAAGGACAUGACAGUGUAGUGUCUGACAUCUCUGAGCAUGUCCAACAUCCCACAAAGAAAUUCCAGAUACAUACCCAGGAUCCCAUACUUAACCCCAGCUCUCAUUCUGGGGGGUAAUCAGGACCUCAUGCUUACCAGGAAGGUGCCCAGUUUACAUUUCUUAUCCCCUCUUCUCCCUUCCCAUCUCGAUGGGUGAGAUUGUGGUUAGUGGCUCACGGAUAUUUUUAGCCAAAGUAGACCUCAUUGUCCAGUGGGGCAGGGUAGGGGGAAGGGGAGGCAGGUGCCCACGUCCAUCAUACCGGGACUUGUGGGGAAGCCGAGAGCAGGGAGGGGGCCAGGCUCCAAAAAUAGCCCAGUGAGCUCAUUCAGCUGCCAGCUCUGGGGACAAGACAAAGGGGCUUUAAAAGGCAUGGGGGUGGCUCAAGCUGGUCCUGCUCCAGCCAACACUGCCUUCCUCGGCAUGGAGGCCUUUGAGCCCAUCAGCCAAGAGUCCCUCAGCCAAGCCAGCUGUGACAAAGCCUCAGAUCCAGAUCCUGAACCCCAAGACCCAUUCUAUGCAGAAUUGCAACGGGUGGAGAGCCUCCAAGAAAAGAGUGUGAAGGAAGCAAAGACCAAAUGCAGGACCAUCGCAUCCCUGCUAACUGCAGCCCCCAACCCCCACUCCAAGGGGGUGCUGAUGUUUAAGAAGCGGCGGCAGAGAGCUAAGAAGUACACUCUGGUGAGCUUCGGGGCUGCAGCUGGGACGGGCACUGAGGAGGAGGACGGUGUUCCCCCAACGAGUGAGUCCGAGCUGGACGAAGAGGCCUUCUCUGACGCACGCAGCCUCACCAAUCAGUGCGACUGGGACAGCCCCUAUCUGGACAUGGAGCUGGCCAGGGUGGGCUCGGGCACAGGCGAGAGCCAGGGCGGGCAGCUGAGCGAGGUCUCCGGGAAAGGGGUCCAACUCUUCGAACAGCAGCGCCAGCGCGCAGCCUCCAGCACCCUGGAGUCGGCUCCGAGGGGCCAGGCAGCCGUGCUCAAUGGUCAGGGUCUGCAGUCACCACCCCGGGCCCAAAGUGCUCCCCCGGAGGCGGCUGUGCUCCCACCCAGUCCUUUGCCGGCCCCCGUCACCAGCCCCAGACCCUUCCUCCCAGGUGGUGGCGCCCCUUCCCCAGCGCCGAGCAUCUUCAACAGGUCGGCCAGGCCCUUUACACCGGGCUUACAAGGGCAGCGGCCAAGCACCACCUCGGUGAUUUUCAGACCUCUCGCCCCCAAGAGGGCGAACGAGAGCCCGGGGAACCUCGGCCCCGCCCCACCCCCCUUCCUGUCCUCUCCGCCGGAGCCCACGCCCCCGCAGAGCUUCACCCCCGGGGGUUCCAGCCACGCGCCCUCCCCUGCUCCCCCCAGCACCCCACGGCCCUCGGGCCCUGUGACGGCCACCAGCUCCCUGUACAUCCCAGCCCCUAGUCGACCCGUUACCCCGGGCGGGGCCCCGGAGCCCUCCGCCCCUCCUAGUGCAGCGGCCAUGACCUCCACCGCCUCCAUCUUUCUCUCGUCACCCCUGCGACCCUCUGCACGCCCGGAGGCGCCCGCGCCAGGCCCCGCGGCCCCCGACCCCGCCAGCGCUCGCGAGCAGCGCAUCUCCGUGCCGGCCGCGCGCACGGGCAUCCUGCAGGAGGCGCGGCGCCGCGGGACCAGGAAGCAGAUGUUCCGCCAAGCGAAGGAGGAGCCGAAGAACUCGCCCAACCCCGAACUGCUGUCGCUGGUGCAGAACCUGGAUGAAAAACCCCGGGCCGGGGCUGCUGAAUCCGGCCCGGAGGAGGACGCUUUGAGCCUCGGGGCCGAGGCCUGCAAUUUCAUGCAGCCGCCGGGGGGCAGGAGUUACAAGACGCUGCCUCACGUGACGCCCAAGACCCCGCCUCCGAUGGCGCCCAAGACCCCGCCCCCUAUGACUCCUAAGACUCCGCCCCCAGUGGCUCCUAAGCCCGCGUCCAGAGGGCUCCUUGAUGGGCUGGUGAAUGGGGCGACCCCUUCGCCCGGAAUCCCUGAGCCACCAAGGCUGCAGGGCAGGGGUGGGGAGCUGUUUGCCAAGCGGCAGAGCCGUGCCGACAGGUAUGUGGUGGAAACCACACCAGGUCCUGGCCCUCGGCCCAGAAGUCCUUCUCCUACCCCCUCACUGCCCUCUUCAUGGAAGUAUUCGCCCAACAUCCGUGCCCCGCCUCCAAUUGCUUACAACCCACUGCUCUCACCCUUUUUCCCCCAGGCUGCCCGAACUCUCCCUACCAAGGCCCAACCCCAGGGGCCUCGAGCAGCCCCCAAGCAGGGCAUCAAGGCUCUGGAUUUCAUGCGGCAUCAACCCUACCAACUUAAAACUGCCAUGUUCUGUUUUGACGAGGUUCCUCCAACUCCUGGCCCCACCCCUUCCGGGGCCCCCAAAACUGCCCGAGUCCAGGAGAUCCGCCGAUUUUCCACCCCGGCGCCCCAGCCCACUGCAGAGCCCCUGGCUCCCACUGUGCUGGCCCCCCGAGCAGCCACCUCCCUAGAUGAACCCAUCUGGAGGGCAGAGCUGGCCUCGGCCCCUGUCUCGAGCCCGGCUCCUCCUCAAGAGUCUCCCAGAGGCUUUGGGGCCACCCCCAGCUCCUGUGGUUUCCAGGUAGCCAGGCCCCGAUUCUCAGCCACCAGAACAGGAUUGCAGGCUCACGUGUGGAGGCCUGGGGCAGGGCACCGGUGAGCAGGGAUGGGUCCCAGGACCAAGGAGAAAUGGAGCGUCCAGUCUCCAAAGCUGCUUCUCCUGCCCUAUCCUACCCCUGUCCCAGGCAGCUGAAGGCUAAAGUCCCUCCUGCCAGAGAUAGUUUUGAAGUUAGUGUCUCAUCUCCCAGCUUCCUGCUCACUCCCUAGCUCCCUGCUACUUUCCAACCAGUUGUCCCUACUUGGAUAUCUUGGUUCUCUUUAUAUUUUCUUGCCUUGAUCUGUCUACAUUUCCUGGCCUCUCUACCUGUAUGCCUCUAAAAAUCUCUUUACACUUG